UAUUCAGUCUGCUAUACAGGUCUCGAGUUCUGACUUCAACUAACUAUAAUAAUAAUUCUUUAUUUUUAGUACAGCCUACUGUUUUGCAACUCCUAUAGAUGUCAAUGGCUAUAGGUGAUUGGUGGCUGUUUAAUUUUGAUUUAUUAAGUAAAAUUAAGAUGUAUAGCGCAAUUUUAUGUUGAGCACUCAAGACUGUAUGGUACCUGUCAUACGCGCUCUUCUUUAUUCAUAGCAAUUUCUCUAUUAAGAAGAUUAAGAAGAAAAAAGAUAUUAUCACACAUUUACAUCGUUUCUUUGAUAUAAAGGGUGCUUGUGAUAGUAAUAAAAUGGGUUCAACUUUACAUAUCACUUUAUUAACCCUGUCCUUAAACAACGUUGUGCUGUCGGAAUUGUUCCACUCGGAGGAGACCAUACCCGUCAUAAACAGUGUGAAGACCAGCGGUCGGCUCUGGAAAAGGAGCGAGAAUCAACAUAGCUUCAGAUUGACAGCUUUCGGCCAGGACUUCACAUUGAAUUUGACUCCGGAUGACUCGUUUGUUGCUCCAAAGUUAACCAUUCAGCACAUACAAUCGAAACAUCUGGCUGCGCUUUUCAACGGAACCAGAUCAGGGCAUUUUACCGGUGGUAUCAUCAAGACAGAGGGGAAUGGGGACGAGCUUAAAGGCUGCUUCUUCUCAGGGAAGGUGGACACCGACCAGGAAUCUGUUGUCGCAAUGAGCCUGUGCCACGGGAUGCAAGGGUUCUUCAUAACGCAUGGGGAUGUGUAUCUAAUUCAACCCAAAGUUAUUGGCCAUGGUAAAACAGAGAGAUCAUUCUUGCAGGUGCACAUUAUAAAAAGGAGAGUUUUGACCGAAGUACAACAUUUGUCCAAGACUUUCCAAGCUUUUGAUCAGGUGAAGGAUAAAAGCCGUCUGGCCACAGAUGACCGCACUGCAUAUCCUGUUGAUGAUGCUGAGCUAGCGACGGGACGGAAGCGACGGUUUGUCUCCUCUCCAAGAUAUAUCGAGACGCUGGUCGUAGCCGACGCUUCAAUGACACAUUUCUAUGGAGACGAAAUAAAGCACUACCUACUGACUCUGAUGGCAGUGGCGGCGCGGGUCUACCGCCACCCCAGUCUGAAGAACUCAGUGAGCCUGGUGGUUGUGAAGAUGCUGGUGGUGGAGGACGAAGAUGUAGGGCCCCAGGUGUCCAGCAACGGCGGAAUGGCCCUCAGGAACUUCUGUAACUGGCAGCAGCUCUUCAACCCCUCCAGCCAGAGGCACCUGGAACACUACGAUACAGCCAUCUUAUUCACCAGACAGGACAUCUGUGGUCAGAGGAGCUGUGACACCUUGGGGGUGGCUGACGUGGGCACCAUGUGUGACCCCAAGAGAAGCUGCUCUGUAAUAGAGGAUAACGGUCUGCAGGCCGCCUACACCGUGACACACGAGCUAGGUCAUGUACUCAGCAUGCCUCAUGACGACUCUAAUAACUGUAUCAGAUGGUUCGGACACCUGGAUGGGCCACACAUGAUGGCGUCUGUGUUCUUUAGCCUCAACAAGACUUUGCCAUGGUCGCCAUGUAGCGCCCGCUAUGUCACAGAGUUCUUCGACAAUGGAUAUGGUGACUGUCUGUUGGAUCCUCCAGAGCAGACUCUCCCUCUCCCUGUUGAUCCCCCUGGUGUCUCCUACAACCUGGACCGUCAGUGCCAGCAGGCCUUCGGGGAGGAGUUCAGCCUGUGUCCGGACACCCCAGAGGACCAGACUUGCAGCCAGCUGUGGUGCCGGGAGGAGGGCCAGCCACACUGCACCACCCGGAACGGCAGCCUGCCCUGGGCUGAUGGCACGCUCUGCUGGGCUGGGGCCAGGGCUGAAGCUGGGACCAACACCACCUGUCAGGGAGGUGUCUGUGCUGCAGUGACUGAUCAGCAGAAAAGAGAGGAGCCUGUGGACGGAGGUUGGGGUGUGUGGGGCCCCUGGGGGUCAUGCUCCAGGUCAUGUGGCGGAGGGGUGGAGUUUUCCCAGAGAGAAUGCACUGAUCCCAAGCCACAAAACGGAGGAGCAUACUGUGCGGGACAGAGAGCCAAGUACCAGACUUGUCACAUACAGGCCUGCCAAGAUGAGCAUGGUAAGAGCUUCAGAGAUGAGCAGUGUGAGAAGUACAACAGCGACCGAUACCUGGACAUCCAUGGGAACAUCAAGCAGUGGAUCCCCAAAUACAACGGUGUCUCACCCAGGGACAGGUGCAAACUGUUCUGCAGAGCAAGAGGCAGCAAUGAAUUCAAAGUCUUCGAGGCCAAGGUUGUUGAUGGCACCACCUGUGGCCCAGACACCACCUCCAUCUGUGUCCAGGGACAGUGCGUCAAAGCUGGCUGCGAUCAGGUGAUCGGCUCCAGUGUGAAGCUGGACAAAUGUGGCAUGUGUGGGGGUGAUGGAACAACCUGCAGGAAGAUCACUGGAUCGAUGAAUAAAGCCAUUUUCGGCUACAACGACAUUGUGACCAUUCCGGCUGGGGCCACCAACAUCGACAUCAAGCAAAAGAGCCACCGCGGGAUCAGACAUGACGGCAACUACCUGGCCUUGAAGACAGAGGUUUCCUACAUCCUGAACGGGAAUUUCUCUGUGUCCACAGCAGAGCAGGACAUCCCAGUCCUGGGCGCCGUACUCCGGUACAGUGGUUCCUCCACCACCCUGGAGAGGGUCUUGAGUUACCAGAAGCUCCGACAGGCAGUCGCUGUCCAACUCCUGUCCACAGCCGGAGACGCCUCUACCCCUAGGGUCAAGUACAGCUUUUUCCUCCCCAGGGAUGUCCCCUUUACCAAGCCUGGAGCUGAGGGUAGAGCUUCGCUACAUGCGAUUCUGCCACUAGGGGGCUCAGAGUGGGCUCUGGGGGAGUGGUCCGAGUGCUCCAAGAGCUGUGGUUCAGGUUGGUCAAGAAGGAGCGUAGAGUGCCGGGACGGGGCAGGCACCCUGUCCUUCUCCUGUGAUGAGGACCUGCGGCCGGUAGAUAUCCGGCCGUGUGGGGACCUGCCCUGCCCUGUCUGGCAGAUGGGUCCCUGGUCGGCAUGCUCGAGGACAUGUGGUGUGGGGGUGCGCCAUCGAAGCGUGCUGUGUAUUGACUACACCGGUAAGGUGGUGGAAGUAGGAAAAUGUAACCUCGCCAAGAGGCCAGAGGUGGUUUCUUCAGAGUGCAGCUACCAGGACUGCUGAGUCUGUGCUGAUAAAGCAGGAAGGGAAAGGGCAGUUGGUGGCAGUGGUGGGAUCCAAGGCCGAGGGAAGUAGUGUAGGAAGCUGGUUAGUUAGUCAACUAACCAGUGCAACAACCCUUUCCCAACCACCACAACCCUGCUUCAGAGACAAGCAGGGAAGCUAGAAUAAUCAAGAGUGGUCGGUUCACUAUAUCGGCCAGAACCAAAACUGUGGUUUGGCUUGGUUGUAGAAAUAUUUCACAUUUGAUAGAUUAACUUAAUUAUUUCAAUGUUUAUUUCCUUGAUGAUGUCAUAGCUUCAAAACGCCUAUUGACGGUUUGUUUUCCAACAGAGAUCUACCUCAAAGGAUGUAAAAAUAAUCAACUAUCACUUCUUAACCUAAAGUUUCUGUUUGCAUCUAGCUUAACACAUUAUCAAAGGUACAUCUUCACUUUCCACAAAUGCUGCUGAUAGUCCACUGGAGUGGUUGAAUACCACUGUCAUUCAUUUUUGCCCCCCAUUUGAACACACAUGCCCUCAAAUCAAUUCAAAGUAUACUACCUAAUCAAAUCAAGUGACAUUCAAUAUUUUAGGGAAUAAAGAAAAACCUUUCAUAUGAAUAGAGAGACAAUACCUCAAAUCAAAUGAAAUUUUAUUUCUCACAUGUGCUGAAUACAACAGGUGUAGGUAGACCUUAAAUGCUUACUUACAAGCCCUUAACCAACAAUGCAGUUAUAAGAAAAUACAAAAAAAAAGUGAAAUAAGAAUAACAAAUAAUUAAAGAGCAGCAGUAAAUAACAAUAGCAGGGCUGUAUUCAAGGGGUACCGGUACAGAGUCCAUGUGCUUGGUCUCGAGGUAAUUGAGGUAAUAUGUACAUGUAGGUAGAGUUAUUAAAUUGACUAUGCAUAGAUAAUAACAGAGAGUAGCAGCAUCAUAGAAGAGGUGGAGGGGUAAUGCAAAUAGUCUGGAGCUGCUGUUCAGGAGUCUUAUGGCUUUGGGGUAGAAGCUGUUUCGAAGCCUCUUGGGCCUAGAUUUGGCGCUCCGGUACCGCUUGCCGUGCGGUAGCAGAGAGAACAGUCUAUGACUAGGGUGGCUGGAGUCUAUGACAAAUUUUAGGGCCUUCCUCUGACACCGCCUGGUAUAGAGGUCCUGGAUGGCAGCAAGCUUGGCCCCGGUGAUGUACUGGGCCGUACUCACUACCCUCUGUAGUGCCAUGCGGUCAGAGGCCGAGCAGUUGCCAUACCAGGCAGUGAUGCAACCCGUCACAGGAUGCUCUCGAUGGUGCUACUAUAAAACCUUUUGAGGAUCUGAGGACCCAUGCCAAAUCUUUUUAAUCUUCCGAGGGGGAAUAGGUUUUGUGUCCCCCUUCUGCUUGGACCAUGUUAGUUUGUUGGUGAUGUGGAUGCCAAGGAACUUGCAGCUCUCAACCUGCUCCACUACAGCCCCGUUGAUGAGAAUGGGGCGUGCUCUGUCCUUCUUUUCCUGUAGUCCACAAUCAUCUCCUUUGUCUUGAUCACGUGAGGGAGAGGUUGUUGACCUUGCACCGCAUGGUCAGGUCUCUGACCUCCUCUCUAUAGGCUGUCUCAUGGUUUUUGGUGAUCAGGCAAACCACUGUUGUGUCAUCAGCAAACUGAAUGAUGGUGUUGGAGUCGUGCCUGGCCCUGCAGUCAUACGUGAACAGGAAGUACAGGAGAGGACUGAGCACGCACCCCUGAGGGGCCCCCGUGUUGAGGAGCCAUAUCGGAACAUCUGAAACCCUGUUCCAUUCUGUCUGUGUUUCUGGAACACUGGAGCAUGUUUUUGAUGCUAAGUCUCUGGCCACAGAGUUAAACUCACACUAUCAUAUUUCUCACAUAAAUCAGAGCUAUUUAAUCAAGUAGGGAUGAUUGAAACAAACCCACAUAACCUUUUUAAUUUGCUUGACUAUUUAUAGCUUGCUGAAAUAUGCAUAUUCAUGAUAGAAGUACUAGUUCUUUAGACUUAACUUUGUAUCUACUGCUAGUUGGAAUGGUUUUGUGGCAUUCUUUUAAAACAAAUGUCUGUCAUGUUAAUAACAAGGAGAUUGUAUUUAUUUUCUUAACUUUGUGUUUUCGUUAUUAUUCUUGGCCAUGGUGAAUGCUGUAGAUAAACAUUUUAUGAGUUGUGUUUUUGCUUCAACUAAUGACAAGGAAAACAAUGGAAUAUCUGUAUCUAAUGUAAAACAUGUAUAUGAUGCUUCAUUUGAAAUAUGCUGUGCCAGAAAAUAUGGCAUUAUGAAAGGUUAGCUGAAGAAUAAUACUUUUGAGCUCAACUGAAACGAGCAUAGCAGCUAUUGAAAUGGUGUAAAUGUACUUUGAUGCCACAAGCUAGAUGUCAUUCAUUAAUUUGUGUUAAAUUGCAUGUAGAAUCACAGCUUCUUUUAGAAGUGAAAUAAGAAAUGAGAAGUUGUUUACGUAGAUAGUAGAUACACUCCUAAUGUGGUUAAAGUCUAAUCCACACACUCUUAGAAAAAAGGGUUCCAAAAGGGUUCAUCAGCUGUCCCCAUAGGAUAACUCUUUUUGGUUCCAUGUAGAGGAAACCAGAACCAUUUUGGGUUCCAUGUAGAGGAACCCAAAAGGGUUGUACCUGGAACCAAAAAGGGUUCUCCAAAGGGUUUUCCUAUGUGGAUAGCCGAAUAACCAUUUUAGGUUCCAGAUGGCACCUUUUUUUCUAAGACUGUACAACUCAGAGUAACAGAGAAAGAGGUAAUGGUUUCCAUGUCCUCUGUUAAGUAGAAAUAAAAUAUAUUGUAUAUUUGAGCUAAGAGUCAUUUCCACUCUCUGGGUGGAAUGAGAACAGAAGUUUAUAAGACACAGCAACAACUGAAACUGUUUAAUGGUCAUUUUAGUUAAUAGUUAAUAGCUACAGUUGAAGUCGGAAGUUUACAUACACUUGAGCCAAAUACAUUUAAACUCAGUUUUUCACAAUUCCUGACAUUUAAUCCUAGUAAAAAAUUCCCUGUCUUAGGUCAGUUAGGAUCACAACUUUAUUUUAAGAAUGUGAAAUGUCAGAAUAAUAAGUAGAGAUAGUUAUUUAUUUCAGCUUUUACUUCUUUCAUCACAUUCCCACUGGGUCAGAAGUUUAGAUACUAAUUGAGUGUAGUAUUUGGCAGCAUUGCCUUUAAUAAGUUGGGUGAAUUUUGGCCCAUUCCUCCCGACAAAGCUGUUGUAACUGAGUCAGUUUUGUCGGCCUCCUUGCUCCCACACGCUUUUUCAGUUCUGCCCACAAAUUUUCCAUGGGAUUGAGGUCAGGGCUUUGUGAUGGCCACUCCAAUACCUUGACUUUGUUGUCCUUAAGCCAUUUUGCCACAACUUUGGAAGUAUGCUUGGGGUCAUUGUCUAUUUCAAGACUGAUGUCUUGAGAUGUUGCUUCAAAAUAUCCACAUAAUUUUACAUCCUCAUGAUGCCAUCUAUUUUGUGAAGUGCACUAGUCCCUCCUGCAGCACAGCCCCAUGGUGUUUAUACUUGCGUUCUAUUGUUUGUACAGUUGAACGUGAUACCUUGUGUGUUUGGAAAUUGGAAAUUGCUCCCAAGGAUGAACCACUUGUGACUUGUGGAGGUCUACACAUUUUCUCUGAGGUCUUGGCUCAUUUUCCCAUGAUGUCAAGUAAAGAGGCACUGAGUUUGAAGGUAGGCCUUGAAAUACAUCCACAGGUACACCUCCAAUGGACAAAACUGAUGUCAAUUAGCCAUCAGAAGCUACGAAAGCUAUGACAUAAUUUUCUGGAAUUUCACAAGCUGUUUAAAGGCACAGUCAACUUAAUGUAUAUAAAAUUCUGACCCACUGGAAUUGUGUGAAAUAAUCUGUCUGUAAACAAUUGUUGGAAAAAUUACUUAUGUCAUGAACAAAGUACAUGUCCUAACCGACUUGCCAAAACUAUAGUUUGUUAACAAGAAAUUUGUGGAGUGGUUGCAAAACGAGUGUAUGUAAACUUACGACUUCAACUGUAUAUUAAAAUUAUUAUAUUUCUGCCAGGUAAAUCCCUGAGUGUUAAAACAUCAUUGCUUUAUUUAAUUUAAGAUGCUGCUGGUGACAGAGUAAAAGGGGGGAGUUAGCUAUUAUGCCACCCCUUAUGUGUCGUUAGUUGAAAACAGCUUUGUUUUCAGAUUUCCUCUCACUGGGUAUGUAAUGAUAGAGCAUUCCAGAAUGUAUUUAAAGGAGAAAAGAUGUAGAACUGAUUUCAAAGCAUUCUAUCCCUUCAAUGAAGGUCUUUACGAUGCUAUUGUUAUAGCUUCCCUACAAAGCUAUUUAUUUUUUAAUACUUUCAGACUAAUUACUACAGUUUCAUCUUUAUGUUGCUGCUGUCUAUCUUCCUGAAUUGUAAGAAAUUAGACUGAUUCAUAAUUUAACAAUAAAGAGGUCUCUUGACUGAAA